AACAACAGUUCAUCGAUAGCUUGAUCAAUUCACCAAUCCAAGCCGCAGAACAACAGUUCAUUGAUAGCUUUAUCAAUUCGUCAAUCCAAAUCGAAGAACAGCAGCUUACCGAUAACUUGAUUAAUUCGUCAAUCCAUACUGAAGAACAACAGCUUAUAGAUAGCUUGAUUAAUUCGUCAAUCCAAACAGAAGAACAGAUUAUUAAUAACUUAAUCAAUUCAUCAAUUCAAAUCGAAGAACAAUUGCUCAUUGAUUCCUUAACUAAUAUUAACGACAUUCAUUUAACGACUAUCCAACUCGGAAUAUCUAAUCUAGAAUACCUAAUAAACACAGAAAAUUCCUCCAGUUUUUUAGAUGAUUCAUCAACACCACUAUAUUUCAAUAAUUCUUAUUAUUUCUAA